UAGAGCCACACAAAUUCGUGUGUCGAGUGGAGACAGGAGUUGAGAAGCAGUACAGCGUCUAUUACCCAUAAUCGUUCUGAUGUUUCAUUGUAUGUCCAAAGAAUGAUUUCACGUAGAAGUCGGCAGACCGUUGCUUUUUUGUUGUCUUCAUCGCAUGUCACAAUGGCAAUGAGCGCAUGUCACAAUCACAAAGAAAGAUCAUGAACUGUAACAACCCAGAAUAUUUUAUCACUGGACAGAAGACAAAUAACGAUGCAGUACAGAUGAAAAUAGCAUUUAAGAAAAAAAUCUGGCAAAAAGUAACUCAUAUGCUCAAAGCAUUAUGCGUCACUCGGUCAUUGAGGACAGUCCAAGUGAGCAACAAAUGAAAGAAAACCGUAAAAAAUGGAGAGUCACAUGCAGCUGGUUACCCAAAAGAUAUUUGCUGGCAAUCCUAAGCUUUUUGGGAUUUCUAAAUCUCUAUUCAUUACGAGUCAAUCUCAGUGUUGCCUUAGUUGCCAUGGUUUCAAAUAAAACGAUAACCAACUCUCCUGGCUAUGUCGUUUUUACAGAGCCGGCAGAAUUUUCUUGGAACACAAAAGAACAAGGUAUCAUCCUGAGCUCUUUCUUUUAUGGUUACAUCAUCACCCAAAUACCUUCUGGAUAUCUUGCAGCCCGUUUCGGUGGGAAAAACCUUUUUGGUGGAGGUAUUCUAAUGACAGGACUGUUUACAUUACUAACACCAUUAGCAGCAAGAAUGAGUAUUAAGUUUCUCAUAGCUGUUAGAGUGUUGCAAGGAUUAUCUCAGGGCGUCACUUUUCCAUGCAUGCAUGCGAUUUGGAGCAGAUGGGCUCCACCAAUUGAAAGAAGCAGGCUGUCAACGAUAUCUUUUUCAGGACCAGUUGCUGGAACGGUUCUUGGAAUGACAUUGUCAGGAACGAUAGCUUAUAACCAAGGCUGGCCCGCUGUUUUCUACUUCUUUGGCCUUGUUACAAUUAUUUGGAGUGUUUUUUGGUUUUGGAUGGUUACUGAUUCUCCUUUCGAUCAUCCUACGAUUACAGAUAUAGAACUUGAUUAUCUCAAACAGGAAUUAUCAGACGAUAAGACCGAGUCAAAAUUAACAACAGUUCCGUGGAAGGAGUUGCUCACAUCUGUCCCCGUGUGGGCAAUUAUAAUCGCGCAUUUUGCAGGGAACUGGGGCUAUUACACACUACUUACGUCACUUCCGACUUAUUUCAAGCUGAUGCUAAAGUUUGAUCUACAAAAGGCGGGGUUUCUUGCCGCUCUUCCAUAUCUGAUAAUGACCCUAGUUGUUCAGACGGGGGGACAGCUUGCAGAUUUUCUACGGUCGUCGGGAAGAAUGUCAACCACUACUGUUAGAAAGCUUUUUACUGCAUUUGGGUUCAUGUUCCAAAGCGUUUUUAUGAUAGUCGUUGGAUACAGUACAAACAAACAUCUGGCCCUAUUGGCUUUAGUGAUGGCUGUCGGAUUCAGUGGCCUUGCAUGGAGUGGUUUCAUUAUCAAUCACCUUGAUAUAGCACCGCGGUAUGCAAGCCUCCUUUUUGCAAUCAGCAACACUUUCGCUACAAUUCCAGGAAUUGUCGGUCCUCUUGUUGUUGGAUUCCUCACUGCACACGAGACUAGAGAAGAAUGGCAAAUAAUAUUCUUCCUGUCAGCGGCAGUUUACGCGCUUGGAACUCUGGUUUUCUUGAUUUUUGCCUCCGGUAAGAAACAGCCAUGGGCUGAUCCGAAUGGGUACCAAAGUAUUUCUGAAGACAACGAUGAUAAAGACAUGUUGCUGAAAGAGGGAAUCAAGGAUGAGAAAGGCACUCCACAGCUACCAAUGAAACGGAUGAGAGGGAAGAACCAGAAUCUCUAG